AUGGAUAUUAGUCCGAGGAAGCGCUCUAAAAUUAUCGCUCUUAAUGAACACACUUCUAUGACUGUAAGAGACAUCGUUACAGCAGUGGGUGUAGGGAAAUCUAGUGUUUCCAGAAUUCUUAGAACAUUUCAAGAUUCCGGCUUAUCCUCUCCAAAAAGAAAAGGAAAAUGUGGACGCAAACGGAAAACUGCUCCAAGAACUGAUAAAAGUCAAAUAAGAAUACUGCAUGAACUAUUUCUGAUCAUUGCUAAUUUUAUUUACAGAGUCUUGAAAAAGCAGAGCCCAAAUGGCAUGUUGACAGUCUACCUCAGCCGACGAGAAUUGAUUGUUGAGGAAGGUGGUGUAGUAAAACCUAUUGAUGGAGUUGUUUUAACUGCAUCAGAAACAACACAGAUAGAACCAAGCAAGCUAUUUGCCCUAGUUGUUCUUACGUUUCGAUAUGGACGAGAAGACGAAGAGGUGAUGGGGCUUAAAUUUUAUACAGAAGCAAUCUUGCACUAUGAACAGAUAUAUCCAUGUGGGGAACGGAAACGCCCGUUGACAGCACUACAACAACAUUUAUUAAAAAAACUUGGACCAGAUGCCCAUGCCCUAACAGUGAGUGUUUCAGGACAUGCACCUCACUCUGUAGGGUUGAAACCUGCACGUGCAUAUGGUGGAAGCCCAUUAGGAGUUACCUACGACCUUAAAGUAUUUCCAGAUUCAGGGCUUUUCUUAAAAUUCUAUUUUAACAUACAUAUUUUUGUAGGUAACCGACCAGAUGAAAAACCUUCAAAGCGGAGUUUGGUUAGACUCUCUCUGAGAUGCAUUCAUCGUAGCCCAGGUCCAUUCCCUAAUCCUCCUGCAGCAGCUCUGAGUCGAGCCUUUGUCUUCAGUACAGGAAAAGUGAGGCUGGAAGCAAGGCUUGACAAAGAAGCAUACAAGUGCGACGAAAUUCUUAAAAUACACGUGUCCUUGGACAAUUCGAGCAACCGAACAGUGCACAGAAUACGAGUGACUUUGGUGCAGCAUGUGCACGUGUGCAUGUUCACCAAUGGUCGCUUUAAAAACAUUGUGGGACUGACGGAAACUGAACCAGGUCACCCAGUUAGACCUGGUUCAUGUUUGUCUCGAGUUUUUUCUGUUCGACCAUCCGUACAUUUACGAUACCCUGUUGCUUUAGCUGUAGAAGGUGGCUUAUCAGGACAGGCUUUAAAACUGUCACCAUCUACAGUACCUUCCUUAGCACGUGAAAAAAAUCCUUACGGAGUAACGGUGUGCUAUGAGAUAAAAGUAAAAGCAUAUUUAGGUGUUGUUGAUAGACCUGUUUGCUUAAGGUUGCCAUUCAGAAUGUUGGAAGAUCCACCACUGUUGGAUCAAGGAGAAAAUGAUUCUAUACGUCUGGCUGAAGAAGAUGAGGAAGAACAUGAAACGUUUCCAACAUAAGAAAUGGAUGAUUUUAGUAACUUUUUAACAUCAACUGCCAAAAAGACCACCUUUUCUCAUUAAGGGUCCAAAUCUAAGGUAUUAAAAGAUCUUAACCGUGGAAGGAAUCUAUUUUUGCAUUUUUGUAAAAUAAGCAAAAUAAAUGUAGUAAUACAAUAAUAAGAAAAGAUAAGAGAAAAAACAGUGUUCAGAAUGAGGUUUAUAAAACAUACAAGGUGUUCUCAAAACAUAACCUUUAAUGUAUAUCUUUGAAAUUUAUGCUUAAAUUUAAAUUAUUACAAUCUGUAUUUAUGGGAAAACAAACACAGAAUCGUUAAAGAAAUAAAAUACACUUGAGAAGUUCAUCAAAAUAGUAAGUUUAUUCACAAUUAAUUGCCAAUUCACCGUUUUAUGUGCUCAUUUAGCAUUCUUAGCAUAAUUUAGUCACUCCUAAAAAAAUGCACAAUAUAUUUGACUUUGGAAGUGAAUCUGUAAUGCUCAAAUAUUUUUUUCAGUUUUUUUCUUAAUUUUUUUUUUUAGAAUUAUGGUGAGAGCAAAUUUUCUAUAUAUAUAUAUCCGAUAUAGCUUUCAUCAGAAAUUGGAAGUUACAUCUAGGUUGUAAUCUAUUUUUAUAAUUAAACCUCUCCUCUAAAAACAACCCACUUUUCCAUUUAUAGAUUAGCUAAAAGUUCUAGAUAAGCACACUGGACAAAAAAUUAGUCACCCUUAGAGAAAUCAUGAAAAACAUCGCUUAAUAGCGUGUAACACCACCUCUGGAUUCUAUAACCACCUUGAUUUGGUUAGGAAGUGAGUCCGCAAGGUUUUGCAGAUACGUCGAAUCCUGUAUAAGCCACUCGCUGAGGAUUUGAUGGCGCAAAUCCACCAAAUUGCGAAGAGGUUGAUUUUAGCAUUUCAUCCAUCGUUCCAACAUGUCCCACAAUUAUUCAAUGGGGUACAAGUCUGGUGAUUUUGCUGACCAGUCGUGAUGUAAUUGAGUAUCUGAGUGUUCGCAAAACCAGUCACAUAUUCUUCCAGCCCGAUGAACUUUGCUGUUGUCAUCUUAAAAAAUAGGGGUAUCGACAACACACUCUUCAUAACGAUGUUGACUGAAAGGCAGCAUCUAAUCAUCCAGACUGUUCAAAUAAACAUUUUGGAUCUUGUUAGUGGCCACCUUAGUGAGGGAGCCCAAUCCAUAAUAAGAAAAACGCCCUCAAAGCAUGACAGACCCACCUUCGCCUUAAACCUGACCUUACACACAGUCAAUAUGAAAUGCUUCAUUUGCUCUUCGUAGCACUUGACGACAAGCGUCUUUUGAAUAAAUGCAAAAACGUGAUUCGUCAGACCAUAUUAAAUUUUACCAGUCAGCUACUGUCCACGUUCGGUGACUUCUAGCCCACUGAAGUCUCGCAGCUUCAUGUGCUUGCGUGAGCAAUGGCCUCUUACGAGAUGUU